ACUGCUUCCCACAUGCCUGCCUGCAACCGCACGCAAGCGGACGGUGUUUCAACUAACCCACGGCCGCAUUUCCGCAUCUUUCGCCCGCAAUUUCCUCCCCCACUCCGAAUCAAUGAGCUCACGCUCUACUUUAGCUCGCCUGUUCUUCUCCACCCUCACCAAACCUUCUACCGCCGAAUCUCUGACUCCCACUGACCACUUUCGGUUCAUUUUGUCUCUGCUUACUGGUUUAAUCCAUUAUGAUAGGCAUCCUCCUUUUCUAAAGAUUGCGGCUUGGAGAAAAGCGUCAGGAUCGCCGAUGCGUUUGUUCGAAGUUUGAUAUAAAAAAUUUGUUGGUUGGAUGUAUGCAGUGAUAUAAGAGAAAGAGGAAGAAAUGGGGAAGAUGGGGAAGAAAUUUGUCUCCGCCAUUAGGAAGAUCUUCAGUCCCAAAUCCAAGGAAAAGAAAGGCGAGAAAUCGAGUGAAUGGGGUUGCUGGAAAUCAAAGCAUUGGAAGCCAUGGAUGUCUGAGAAGCUCCAAAAUACUGCUCCAGUGGCGGUUUCAGGAGUUUCUCAACCAGUUCAUCCAUGGCCGCACACGGAAGAGAUCAAAUUGGCAGAGGAGGAGCGAGGACAGAGCGGGAAUGUGUGCUCUGUUGGAGUUGCGGGUACAGUUCAGACAACCGAAGAGGUUGUUCGGCUCAGCUCUUCUGCAAAUUUUACUGGCGAUUCAAGGGAGGUAGCGGCUAUCAAGAUCCAAACUGCUUUCCGUGGAUAUCAGGCCAGGCGAGCUCUACGAGCUCUGAAAGGGUUGAUUCGACUAAAGACCCUUAUUAAUGGAAAUGGAGCCAAGCGUCAAGCCGAGAUGACAUUGCGCUGCAUGCAAAUGCUGGCCAAAAUUCAAUCACAGAUUCGUUCGAGGAGGAUCAGGUUGAUAGAGGGGAAUCAAACUCUUCAACGACAGCUUCUACUUAAGCAGGAAAGGGAGCUUGAAAAGAUGCACAUAAGCGAGGAGUGGGAUGACAGCAUGCAGUCCAAAGAACAAAUUGAAGCAAGUCUUUUAAGCAAGCAGGAGGCUCUCAUGAGAAGAGAAAGAGCAUUAGCUUACGCAUUCAGUCAUCAGUGGAAGAGCCCUUCGAGGCAGGGGAACCCAAAUUUCAUGGAUGGAAACAACCCGCAAUGGGGCUGGAGCUGGCUGGAGCUUUGGAUGACUGCAAGCCACCGGAGCGCCAUUGUAGGUGUCGACAAAGCAGAGAUCAGUAAAGCAUGUUCUUUUCGACACACACCAGAGAGAUCAACACAGCCGCCUAACCAGCAGUCACCUGCAACUCCUUCCAAGAUCAAAACUGCGAGUCCAACAAGCGGCUGGCAUCCAUCAGAUGAUGGCACAAAAAGCCUGACAAGCUUACAGUCAGAGAGGCGAAGGAGAAGAAGAAGAAGCCUUGCUGGUUCAUCUGAUGAGAGUCUAACGAGUUCAAUGACAGUACUCCCGAGCUACAUGGCGCAGACUGAGUCUUCAAGGGAGAAGAGCUGGUUCCAUGGUUCACUUAGCGAUGUUAAGAUUGAGAGCACUGAUGGUAAAGAUUCAUGGAACAAGGUGAAGAAGAGACUGUGUUUACCUCCAUCACCUGCUGUAGUGAAGGGAUAAUCAGCGCCCACAAGAGUUAGGGGGAGCAGAUAAUGACUCCUCAACAAAUUGUAGAUGUUAAAGAUAUUGAUCAUUUGGUUCUACAGUUGAGUGCAGGUUAGAAACUUUUUUCAUUUUGAAGGAUGAAAAAAAAACAGGACUUUGUGGUGAAAGACUGCAAUUGAGUUCUUUUUGAAGGAUUUACUUUGGGCAGUUUAUGCA